GUUCUGGCCGCCAGAACGUGGCUCCAGUUUGUUUCUCUGGCAGAUCAGGUGGAAGUGGAAUGUCUAGGUAGCCUCGUAAAACUCAAGCUGAACAUGAGUAAUUUCCAGAACAAGUAUGUCAGUUUUGCUGCCCUUGAUCAGUUUGGCAGAGCUUGGUCGAUUGAUGAGGCCCAGGCUAUGAAAUGCGGCUAUACCAUCUUCCAGGAUGCUUGGGGGAACAUUGAGUUCCGGGCCUCCCUGAUUGGCUGCUAUACUCAGAUAGUGGAUGAUCAGCAGUUCACUCUAACCAUACAAAUCAAGGCAGCAACAGACCCAGGGAUGCACAAUGCGGCUUUGCUUAAUGUCCCCGUGAGUUGCUCAUACGGCCCGUGGCAGCCCAGGGAAAUUGUCUGUGAGACAAACUAUAUGGAGGUCUCUGUGAGAAGGAAUGUUCCACCAAUCUCAAAGGACAUUCUUCAAGAUCAGCCUGAAGACUGGGCAUCUGCUUUUGCAGAGGCCAAAACUGGAGCUCCCUCCGUCUGGCACAUAGUCUUUCACAUGGACUCUGGGGAGAAGUCCAUGCUGGUUGAAGAAGCUCAAGCUGCCGGUUAUGGGAUCAACAUGACAGACACCAGGAUUGUGUUGAGAGCUCCCUACAAUGCCUCUCAAGCUCAGAAAGUGGAAAUCAGUGGGGUCCCUUUUUCUUCUGUGAGAUCCAGUACCUACUACAAGCAGCGUUGGAUGCUCCUGAUGGUGGACACUGCAGUGGCCUGUCCUAUAGAUGGUGUAACCUAUACAAAAGAAACAAUCACUUGGACCAUCCCAAAGAGAGUUUCUCCUCUUCUAAUUGGAGUUGAUACACUCAAAGAAUUGCGAAUAGAGAUGGGUGUCAACCUAUACAAACUGUCAACACAGGAUAUAAAGAGCCGAGGUUACAUCCUGGCCAGUAACAAGGAAGCCAUUAUAGUAAAGAUACCCAUUGGUGCACUGGGUGGUAACUACAAGAGUCACGUAGUUGAUGGAAAAUUGAUGAUCACCUACAGAAUCAACACCUUUGUGGAGCAUUUGUGGGAAGAUGAUAAGAGAGGUAUUACAAAGCAUCUUAUCCUGAAGAAGAUCAGCACGCCUCUGCAGCUUGUACCCAUCAGGAUUACAGACUAUACAAAAAUAAAUCUCUGGCUCUUCAAUGCAACAGUUGGAUCCUUCUUGCCAGAUGUAGACCUGGUUGGUGUGACAGUGGGUAAUUCAGGGCCCUUGACAUUGCCUGAGGCUGAGAAAUGGAGCUGUAAGAUCCUUGAAAUCAAACAGCCUAACGGCAGCAAAGAUUAUCUUGUGCAAAUCCCGUUUGAUGCUCCUGGAGUUGAGAAGGAGUAUGUGCCAGAUCACUUCCGAAAUUAUACCACCAACCCUGUAUUGCUAUUCAGGGUGAUUCCUCAGGCAGAAACCUUUGAAGUCCCAGUCCCUCUGUCUGCCUUGGUGAAGGAUGCAGUGCUGCCACAUGCGGAAGGGUUCUGUGAUGAUGAAGCCCUCUAUUUAGUGGUGAAACGUGGCAACGUGGACGAGAAUUGGUUGCCCUUUGUGGGGAACACACCCUUAACUCAGGAGACAACACAGACUCUUGGCUAUGGGUUGCAGGACAAUAGAACUCACCUGGCCCUGAGGGUGCCAAGGUUCGCCCCUCACGUGUUCCUUGAGGAAAUAAACUCCUUUGGGAUUGUGACCACCUUCCAGUUGCAAUUUAAGGACCAUCUCAGUCAAACUGAAAUGAUUGAAUUCACCAUUUCCUGCAGCUUCUCUCCAAACAAUCUAAUUGAGUGCCAGCCUAAUGGCACAGUGGUAGUGUCUGCUCUGAAGUUGGUUGGCAUGCCAGACCUGGAGCCCUCGACUUUAGUGCUGAGAGACAAACGCUGUAGGCCAGCUUCUGUGACAAAGGCAGGAGCAGUCUUUCUCUUCAAUGUAACCUCUUGUGGCACAACUCGCAAGUUUGAAAAUGGCAUCAUGACUUAUGAAAAUGUGGUCCUGUACUUCCUCCCAGGCCAAGCAAUACCUGUGUAUCAGUUGAAAUGUGCUUGCCAGUACUUCAUUGGGAAGAUGCUGCUGUUUCAGUAUAGCCCUGCACAAGCACCAUCACCAAGCAUCCUGCCUGGGACUGGGCAGCUGGAACUUGCCCUUAAACUGGCCAGAGACCAGUCCUACAGGGAUUUCUACCUCAACUCUGAGUAUCCCAUAAGUCGCUACCUUCGAGAGCCUCUCUACUUCCAGGUAGAGCUUCUCCACAGUCAAGACCCACAGCUGGAGUUGUUCCUGGAGGACUGCUGGGCCACUGCAUCACCCGACAGGAAGAGUUUCCCACAAUGGGACAUAGUGGUUGACAGUUGUGAGAAUACGGCAGAUACACAUCAGACAAUAUUCCAUGACGUCCCCAACACUUCUGUCCCAUUCCCUACACAUCUGAAGCGCUUUGAAGUGAAAAUGUUUACAUUUGUGGUGAACAGCCAAGCUGUUCAAGGGCAGAUCUAUUUCCACUGUAGUGCAGUAAUCUGCGACUCCAUCCAGCCAUCUUCCGAUGCCCUUUGCACCAGGUUCUGCAUUCCCAGAAGGCAAAGAGCAGGCCGGAGCAUUGAUUCCUCGAAUGAUAUCCAGGGAUAUGUUUCAUCUGGAGCAAUUGUGAUAGGAAGGAGGAAUGAUCCCUAAACAUCUUAUAAAAAGACUUGAAUGGU